AGACGCGGCCCCGGCCCGGCCCGGCCCGGCCCGGCCAGCCAUGCCCUCGGAGCGCCGGGCACGCCGCGGGGCAUGGUGAGCCCGGGGCGGCCGCUCCCCGCGGGGACCCGGCAGGCGGCCUCGCUGCUCCGCCUCGGCUUCUUCCUUCUCCUCCUCGUCCUCCUCCUCGUCCUCCUGCCGGGCGCCGAGGCGCAGAAAGGUGAUGGAUGUGGACACACCGUUCUGGGCCCUGAAAGUGGAACUCUUGCUUCGAUAAACUACCCACAGACCUCUCCCAAUAGUACAGUCUGUGAAUGGGAAAUUCGUGUAAAGCCUGGGCAGCGAGUUCAGCUCAAAUUUGGUGAUUUUGAUAUUGAUGACUCAGAUUCUUGUCAUUCCAGUUACUUGAGAGUUCACAAUGGGAUUGGCUCCACCAGGACAGAGAUAGGAAAAUACUGUGGCUUUAGCUUUCAAAUGGAUGGUUUAAUUACUUCAAAAAGUAAUGAAGUCACAGUACAGUUCAUGAGUGGAAUACACACUUCUGGGCGUGGAUUUCUUGUGGCUUAUUCAACCACUGACAAAUCAGACCUAAUUACCUGUUUAGACAAUGCAAGUCACUUUUCCGAACCAGAAUUCAAUAAGUAUUGUCCAGCUGGGUGUGUGAUUCCUUUUGCUGAUAUUUCAGGCACUAUUCCUCAUGGAUACAGAGAUUCAUCAUCACUUUGCAUGGCUGGUGUUCACGCAGGCGUUGUGUCAAAUACUCUGGGUGGCCAAAUUAAUGUUGUAAUCAGCAAAGGCAUUCCGUACUAUGAAGGCUCCCUGGCUAACAAUGUCACCUCAAAAGUGGGACCAUUAUCUACAAGUCUCUUCACAUUUAAGACAAGUGGUUGCUAUGGGACACUGGGGAUGGAAUCUGGGGUAAUCCCUGAUUCCCAGAUCACAGCAUCAUCUAUUCUCGAGUGGUCUGACCAAACAGGACAAAUGAAUACUUGGAAACCUGAAAAUGCCAGACUGAAAAGGCACGGGCCUCCUUGGGCUGCUUUUGUCAGUGACGAACAUCAGUGGUUGCAGAUAGACUUGAAUAAAGAAAAGAGAAUAACAGGUAUUAUAACUACUGGAUCAACCUUAGCAGAGUACUACUAUUAUGUUUCAGCCUACAGAAUUUUAUACAGUGAUGAUGGACAAAAAUGGACAGCAUACAGAGAGCCCGGCAUGGAUAAAGAUAAGGUAUUUCAAGGGAACACUGAAUUGUACCAGGAAGUUCGUAAUAAUUUCAUCCCACCUAUUAUUGCACGAUUUUUUAGGAUUAACCCCUUAAAAUGGCACCAGAAAAUUGCAAUGAAAGUAGAAUUGCUAGGAUGUCAGUUCAGUAUAGUCCGCUCUCCUAAAAUCACCAUGCUGCCGCCACCACCACCACCACAGAACAAUGACAAGAACGAUGACUUCAGUGAUGACUUCAUUCACUCAGUGAAGACGUCGCUGCAGACCGAUAAAACAACUUUCACACCUGAAAUAAAAAACACCACAGUGACUCCAAGUGUAACCAAAGAUGUGGCAUUGGCAGCAGUUCUGGUUCCCGUGCUGGUGAUGGUCUUCACUACUCUGAUUCUUAUCUUAGUCUGUGCGUGGCAUUGGAGAAACCGCAAGAAAAAAACAGAGGGCACGUAUGAUCUACCUUACUGGGACCGUGCAGGGUGGUGGAAAGGAAUGAAGCAGUUUCUCCCUACCAAAUCAGCAGACCAUGAAGAAACGCCUGUACGCUACAGCAGCAGUGAAAUCAGUCGGCUAAGACCAAGAGAAGUCCCAGCAGUGUUACAGACAGAAUCUGCAGAGUAUGCUCAGCCACUGGUAGGGGGCAUUGUCGGCACGCUUCAUCAGAGAUCAACCUUUAAACCAGAAGAAGGGAAAGAAGCAAGCUACGCUGAUUUGGACCCUUACAAUUCACCGGUACAAGAAGUCUAUCAUGCUUACGCUGAACCACUACCUAUAACUGGACCAGAGUACGCAACGCCAAUAAUCAUGGAUAUGUCCAGUCACCCCAGCACUCCUCUUGGCGUUCCUUCCAUUUCCACCUUUAAAGCAGCAGGGACCCAAGCUCCUCCGCCAGUGGGAACUUACAAUAAACUCGUAUCGAGGACAGACAGCGCAUCACCAGCACAGGCGCUGUACGACACGCCCAAGGGGCAGCUGGGGCCAGGUGCUGCAGAGGACUUGGUAUACCAGGUACCGCAGAGCGCGGCCCACUCCGCUGGGAGUAAGGAAGAACUAAGUUAGCUCAUGUGUAAGGUAGGAUGAAGGCAACUGUGGCUUGUUUUUAAAAGCCAGCUGACGAUUUCAUUUUUUAAUCACACUGUUUUUAUAUUGUUAGUCUUAAGUAAUACAAUGUUGAACCAGAAGAUGUGGCAUUGAAGUCUGGGAAACCAGUAAUUCUGCCUUUUCUUAAGCUGUAUAUAUAAUUACAGCUUGUCUCUUGCAAAAAACAUGGACUUUUUUUUUUUAAACUACUGUACAAUUGUCUGCCAGACAUGAGAGAAGAAUUCUUCAAGAUUAGCUUCAGUAAUUCAUAGAUGUGAAUGAUAAGUUGGGAGAAACAACUGUUUAAAGUACGAAAGCCAAUAAUUUCUUGCUAAUGGUACUAUUUCUGAGGGGGAAAAAAGCCCACAAUCAAAACUCCUAACUUUCUAAAAUCUAUACGUAAGCGCUAUAGCUCCUAAAAUUAAUUUUACCCUACAAAAUGCAUGUACAACCUUGGACUCUAAAAAUAAUAUCAGGACUGAUGGCAAAAAUCCCAUUAACUUCACAGCAUAAAAUAGUCUUGAUAGUAAAUUGUUAUUUUGGCUUUUGUUCACAGGAUUGCUUAUUGCAACCUGUGUGUUCCUCAAAUUUCUCAUGAUGAUUGUUAUCCUUCUAAAACUUGAGUCUGCUGCCUAUACAAUCCAUCUUCUUUUCUGCCUCAUCUCCUUAGGCCACUCACGCUUGUUCCCUUCUAGGGAUAUGGUAGGUACAGUCUAAGUUUUACAAGCAACUUACCUGACAACUGCUUUUGCGUGUUCCCUGCUCAGUGAAGGCUGCUCUGACUCGCGUCUGCCUUCGAUUCAAACUUGUGCAAGAAGCUGCCAGGUGUUCGAGGUGACUUGAGUUCAGAGAGGUUCCCGCUCCCUCAAGUAGUAUCUGUUGUUGUACGUUAAGAUGUGAGCAUAUACAAAGAAAGAUAUGUAUAUACUUUUGUGAGUGCUUGAGAAAGCACACAAAUACUCUAACGAUGCAUAGUUUGUGUUAAUACAUGCAUUUAGCACAUAUGGUACAUUUUAGCACAAUUGGAAAACUUUGGCCCUAGGGCUUUUCUUAUGAUUGUUCUUAGUAGAAGUACAAAAUAUUCCAAAACCUUUGCCGAGAACAAUUAUUGUUCCAAAGAGUGUCAAUUUUAGAAGCAUUUAACUGAAUUUGUAUCUUUUUGAAUGUUCCAGUUUUCUCUACUGCAGUCACUCUUCUACUUGAGAUAACGUAGACUAGUUUUAUCUAGGUAAUCACAAGAUGAAAACAACGUGGAUGUCACUUUUUAUCUUGUUAGAAACAAAGCACAGCUUUUUAACAUAAACAAGUAGUAGGAAAAAAAUCUUAAAUAGCUUUAAUUUCUAUUGUAACAGCACUGUUGGGAGGAUGCUGAAUUAAUUUAUAAAUGUGAAAAUCCCUAGCCCAGUUUUAUGGACUUUAAUGGUUAGUGUUUGUUUCUGUGAUAUAAUUCAAGUCAGCCUUGUUUACUGCCCAUGGACUUUACACGGGGUGGAAAACAUCCAAAUCCAAACUAAAGUACUAUUCAAGCCGACUGCCACCAUGUGUUUGUUACCAGUAUGGGAUCCUGACUUAACACUUGAAAUUUUUUUUUGCACAGAGGCUGUAUAUAACUCAGUAAACCAAAUUUUUAUGCUCUGCUACCUUAAAACCCAAUUCUACAUUUUUUUUGAUCAUGAGAAUGAUACAUUUUUUUAAGAUGUGGGAGUCUAAGCCUAAAUCUGAAUAGGCAAAUAAGGUUGGUAUGCAGGACCUAGUAAUGAAAAAGGAAAUUCCUGCAUAUAGGUUGGAUUUUUUGAUGUUACUGAAACAUUCUAUACUUGAUAAAGCUAGUUUGCAAUCUUUAUAGUUUUGCUUAAUCAGGUAAGUAUGUGUUCUUACUCACCAGUAGCAAUUAUGACCGAAAUUACCUGAUUUUAUUUGAAAGGUGCAGAAAGCUAUGUUUGCACCAAGCUGUGACAUACUUAUUCCAGCCAAGUUAAGAAACAUUUAAAGCUUUUAGGCUUAGAAAAAGAAAUUCUGCCAUAAAAAUGACUGGAUAUGUUCAAGUCAAUAAAAUUAACACUCUUGGAAAUCUGCAUUUAAUUUUUACUGUAGGCCAGAUAUGGUAAAACUGUGGGUGUACUGUAGGCUAAGAUGGUGUAAGAAUUAAAGAGUUUCUGUACAGGGAGUUAUUUUCAAGCAACCAAAUGCAGUUUCAUUACCUGAGCAGCAUCAGCUGUUGACUGGAAUGGUUGCUUUAAGAAUGGUAUUAAGUUCCUUUUCUUAAAGAAAUGGGUCUUGUGCUUUGCUCCCUGCUUUCAACUUUGAUAAUUUUAUCUUCUAGGGCUAAGGUAAGUUUGAAUAUUGAACAUUUGGGUUUAAGAUGUAUGCUAUGAACUGUUAAACACUGAUUCCCAAAUGUAAUUGCAUGACACACCCAAGGUUAGCAUUUUCCUGUGUGCAGUGCAAGCAGAGGUACAUUUAAUGGGUCUCUUUUUUACAUGUGAAGACAUAUGGAUAUAAAAUGUAUUUCAAUCUUGUUUGGCUUGAGUAUUCUCCCAGAAUGUAUGUUCUUACCUCAGCAUGUAUUGUAGUUGCUCAGUAUUUGUAUAUGUUGCUAGAAAUUAGACUGUAUAAAUAGUGAGUUUUUUAAUGUAUGUUAAAAAGUAUUUUAAAUAAAUUGUACAUACGUA